ACAAGGGAGGAGAGGAAUAGUGUGAAUUAUGACUGUUACACAGCUGCAUUUGUGGUUUCCCGCUGCUACCGAAAUCAUUCACCCUAACAAAUCAGAUUUUGGGAUAAAAUCGGAAUCGUAGCGGAGAAUGUGGGUGUUGUAUGUGCUAUCUCUGCCGCUGACGGUGCUGAUGGUGGGCUGGUCCCUCUGGUACUUCGUCGGCCCCGACGUCCCUCUCUACGUCCGCUUCACCGUCGGCUACACCUGGUUCUGCUCUCUCUUCAUGAUCGUCCUCGUCCCCGCCGACAUCUGGGCCACACUUGGCAAUAAAGGAGGCAUCUCUUUCUUGUGGAGCUGGUUAUACUGGAGUUCGUUUUUACUUACAUGGGCUGUGGCACCUGUCAUUCAGGGUUAUGAAGAUGCAGGGGACUUUACUAUCCGGGACAGACUGCGGACUAGUGUUCAUGUAAAUCUAAUCUACUAUUUAUCCGUUGGUUCAAUUGCAUUGUGCGGACUUGUCCUGCUCGUCGUUAUGCACAAGGACUGGGGUGACAAUAUUUUAGGCCUUGCUAUGGCUUGUGCAAAUACAUUUGGUCUGGUGACAGGAGCUUUUCUUUUGGGCUAUGGUUUGAGUGAAAUUCCGAGAGGUGCAUGGACAAACGCAAAUUGGACAUAUCAUCACAAAUUCCUGUCUCAUAAUGUGUACAGAGUGGCAGUCAAACUUGAUGACGCUCAUCAAGAAUUUUCAAACGCAAUAGUAGUUGCUCAAGCGACAUCAAAGCAGAUGUCUAAGCGCGAUCCACUUAAACCAUACAUGAACAAAAUUGACAAAAUGUUGGCAAAGAUGCUUAAUGAAGAUUCUACUUUUAAACCACAAGGAGGAAAAUUAGGAGAAGGUGAUAUGGAUUAUGACACCGACAAAACUAGCAUGGCGUCUCUUAGAAAACAUCUGAGGAAAGCUAGGGAGAGGUAUUACCGCUAUAAGAGUGAGUAUACGAAUUUUGUUAGAGAGGCUUUAGAGCUAGAGGACACCAUGAAGAGUUAUGAGUAUUGUAGUUCUAAUGGAUGGAAAUACAUGUCAAGUUUUAGACCUGUGCGUAAAGGCAAAUUCGGGUCCUUUCUUGAUAUCUCUGAACUGAUGUGGCGAUGCAUAGUGAGAAAACAACUAGGGAGAAUUAUGGCUGUUAUAUUGGGUUGCAUGACUGCUGCAAUUCUUGUUGCAGAGGCCACUAUUAUGUCGAACGACGUAGAUUUAUCUCUCUUCUCAGUUCUGAUAAACAAGAUUGGCAGGCAUGAGUUGCUUGUGCAGUUAGCUUGCUCAUGAUAUGCGCGUAAGAAAUUGGAAUAUAUUCAAUUACCAAGACAAAGCAGUCGAAGAUGCAGACGGAUUCAAUCCCGCGGGAUUAGUUAUUCUGAACAAAGAACGAUCUUGGGUUGAACAAGGCCAUAAAGUAGGCGAACUCAUCGUUCCUUUGGCACGAAAUUUCCACAAUGUAACCGUUGAUCUUGAAUCCGGAGGCAACAACGUGAUUCCGCAGAUCCGAAGGCAGACAUCAAGAUUGAUCGAGGAGGAGGGGCUGAGCAGUCACGCGCAACACCUGAGAUCGGUGAUGCAGAAAGAUGGCGACCGCGGGAAACCACACGCUAAAGAGAAGGAGAGUGAUGAAGCAGCGAAACGCAUCAGCAUGCAGCAAGGGAAGAGAUCGACUAGCGGAGUAGCCUCGACAUGGGAAUCGAUGAAGACGGGCUUCCAGAAUUUCAAGUCCCUUGUUGAUGCUAACAGAUUCAUCCAGCUAGGCCAUGACACCGACCACCGUCGUACUUCAUCUCCCGAGUCACUCGAUGAAAUCUUCGAGAGAAUCAGCCGGCCCAGCUCGCGUCAGACGAGCUUCGACGACGAGAUUGAUCUUGGUGGUGACAUUGCAAUGGCGGCCAUUCAGAGGCAAGGCCUUAGAAGAUAGCAGAUAUAAGGCCAUCCACAACGCUGUUCCUAUACUGUUCCUUAAACCACUAUUUGAGGGCCCCACUGUACUUU